CAGCAGCCGCAGACCAACGGUAGCCGCUCAGACACCAAAAUGGCCGCAGCGAUGGCGUCCGCCCUGUCCGCCCGUGUCGGUGUCCGUGUGGCCCGGCCCACCCGCGCCUCCAGCGUGGUUGUGGCGGCUGCUCGCCCCACCUGGUACCCUGGUGCCACCCCCCCCAAGCACCUUGAUGGCUCCAUGCUGGGCGACUACGGCUUUGACCCCCUGCGCCUGGGCAGCAAGGACAAGGACGUGCUCAAGUACUACCGCGAGGGCGAGCUGACCAACGGCCGCUGGGCCAUGGCCGCUGUCGCCGGCAUCCUCUUCACCGACCUGGUGGGCCUGGGCCCCUGGUGGGAGGCGGGCGCCAAGGUGGAGUCUUCCUUUGACCUGAAGACCCUGAUCAUCGUUGAGAUCGUGACCUUUGCCAUCCUGGAGGGCUUCCGCGCCAAGGCGUACGAGAAGACGGGCGAGACCGGGCUGGGCCCCUUUGCGCCCUUUGACCCCCUCAACAUGCGCAGCGACGAGACGCGGCUCAAGGAGCUGAAGAACGGGCGCCUGGCCAUGCUGGCCAUCCUGGGCUUCAGCAGCCAGGCCGCGGUGCAGGGCAAGGGCCCCAUCGAGUGCUUGCAGGCGCACCUGGCCGACCCCGGCCACAACAACAUCUUCACCUCGUCUGUGGGCGCGGAGGCCACAGUGGCCGUCAUCCUGCUGGCCAUGACCCCUUGCCUGAUCGAGUCCAAGAACGUGCUGCAGGGCACCGAUGAGGAUGAGUUCCGCCCCAUCCCCUGGUGAGCAGCUCAGCAGCUUCCCGCCCCGAGCAGUAGGGCGCUGGCUGGCUGCCCGGGUGUGCCAGGGCUCCGCCUCGGGGCGGGCUGUACACAGAGUCGAAAAUUUUUAUGUCAUCUUUUAGGAUGAACGGGAUGAACUGUUCACCGUGUAGGCCUGUAACUGUUCACAAUGCUAA